AUGGAGAAAACUCACCACUGUUCGGACGACCCGAACGAAAUCAAGAAAUAUGCUAUUCGUGUCAUGAAAAUGCUGACAAAGAAAAAGACACGGCCGAUGUUGAUGUGCUUCCACCGCUGGUGUGCCGAGAACGUUGACCAAGAGUCCGACAUCCUUGCUUUCAACAAGAUCCACGAAGAUAGACAAGAUGCUAAAACAGUUUUGGUUUUCAACGACAAGUACAUUACUGUUCUGCUACCGUUUAUGAUGAAGUACUGUCACUACCGGAAAGCGCUGAUGAGCGAGUUGGCUGCUCUGAAAGAUCUGAACGCCAUGGUGGAUGGCCAUCUAGUUGUUGGGCCCGUCUACACUCCGGACGAGCUCAGGUCGAUAGAGUCUGUCUUCAAACUGUACGCACGGUCUGCAAAGCACUCUGCUUCUCCUUUGAAGAAAUCGGCACCAGUUGAGCCAGUCACGGAGCCUGUGGCAAAAGCCGUUGCUCCACCGCCUGCUCCAAAGCCGGUGGUUCUUCCUCCUAUUCCACAACCCGUGGUUCUACCGCCUGUCGCAAGUGCCACUGCUCCACCGCCUGCUCCAGCGCCUGCUUUGCCGCCUCAGUCUGACGAUGUGGAGACCAUCUGUGUGCCUGAUUACGAGGAAAGUUGCACUUUGCAACCAGAACCGGAACCAGAGACCAAGCGGGAGCCACCUGCUGCCCAUCCAGUGGUGGCUCCACCGGCUCCACCGGCUCCAAAGCCACCUAUGCGUGCCGUGGACCCUUCGGACAUGGUGAUCCCCAAGGACGUGUUUGACGACCUGGCCAACAAAAUCUGGGGUCUCCAACUGUCUGUCAAGAUUAUGCAAAAUAUGUAG